AUGAACUCCCGUCUAUCACAAUCCCUCCCCUGCGUCCGGGCCGUCCUCUCCCAUGCCCUCUCCCCUCGACCUUUCGCGACCCCGUCGUCCACGCGGUCACUCCUCCCGCUCUCCCACAGCUACGCCACGGCCGCGACUGCCGCCGCCACCACCCGCGCCGCCGAGCAGCGCCGCGCACCGCGCUCCUUCGCCCGCCCCCCCACGCCGCCGCCCAGCAAGACGCCCGAGGAGCAGUCGCGCGCGCGGGGGUACCUCGUGCAGCGCACCGCGUCCGCCCAGCUGCCCGUGUACCGCGCGCUCAAGUCGGGCGGCACGCGCGAGGUCAUCCUAGUCAAGAAGGUCCACGGCGACCGCCGCCGGCUCGUCGAGGACAUCAAGGCAGACCUGGCCGUCGCCGCGGACAGGAUCCGCGUCAACCCGACCACCCAGCACGUCGAGUUACAGGGCAACUACCUUGGCCAGACACAAAAAUGGCUGCUCGACAAUGGUUUUUAA